CGGAAGAGAAUUAUUUGGAGAAAUGAAGAAAAAAUAUAAUAUUUACAUAAUUACAAACGGAAAAAAAUACUUAUACCGAUUAGGUUUCGUACCCUACAUUAAUAAUUAGGUUUAAUAAACAAAGGAUUUUUAGGGGCCUAAAAAAAGAUGGGAGACAGCGAAAACGAAUAUGACAGAAAGAGACGGGACAAGUUCAGGGGCGCCGAAAGGGCCCCCAGGCCCCGUGAAGAUUGGGUCGAAAGGGAAAACUGGCCAAGGGAUUACAGGCCUAGAGACCGGGGGUACUCUCCGAGCAUUGAACCUGCACCCAAACGAAUGAGGCAUGAUUAUUAUGGAGCUGAAGGAGGGGGUUUUUAUAAUCAUUAUGGGGCUUAUCAUCAAGCGGCUGCUCACAGGUAA